AUGGAUCGGGACCAAGCAACAAAACGCAGUUUGAACAGUGAUGCCUUGAGCCAGCUCAAGAGGUUCAAACCCGAUGAACAACUCCAAGUCGAGAACAGAUCAGCGUUCUUGGAACAGACGGAUCUUUGGAUCGACCACAUUCUGCCGUUUCUUGGCAUGGGACACUACAUCUUUGUGGCAGCAGUGAACCGAAGAAUGAGAGAACUGUAUAUGCAGUACUGCGAUUCUGUGCAGGAUCCACCAACCGUCCACAAGCUGGGAUCGUUGAAAGAACGAAACGCAACAGCGACCGAUACACUCUACAGUUCUGUUUUACAAGUGGCCUCACAAAGAGGACAAUGA